AUGGAGCUAAGUGGGCAAGUGGCUUCGUCACCGUUCAGUGCAAUGGAACAACUAAAAUGUGUAAAAUCUGAGGAAGAGGUUGAAAAACAAAAAUCAACCAAAGGAGGAUGGAAAAUAAUGCCAUUCAUUCUAGGAAACCAGAGUUGUGCAAAUCUGGCAUUGACUAGUUUACAUGCAAACUUGGUGGUGUUUUUGACUAGUGAAUAUCAUACGGAUGAGCUUACAGCUGCAAAAAUUGCUACUAUAUGGGGUGGAACGAACCUUUUAUCACCCCUAGUGGGUGCUUUUAUAGCAGAUUCAUAUCUGGGAAGGUUUUUGAACAAAGCAGCAAUUAUAAAGAAAGAAGACUUUGAAGAAAAUGGCUCAGAACCCAGUCCCUGGAAGCUUUGCACAGUGAAGAAGAUCCAAGAGCUAAAGUCAGUGAUAAAUGUAUUGCCUAUUUGGAGCACUGGAAUAGUAGCAUCCUUCAUUUUAAUGGGUACUUCACACACAUAUAUGGUAUACCAGGCACAACACAUGAACAGAAAUCUGGGCAGCUUGAAGGUACCUGCAUCAUCAUACAGCAUAUUUUCCAUGUUGGCCACAUCCAUAUCGCUACCCUUCCAUGACAGAAUUCUCCCUUCUUUCUUCUGUCGCUUAAGAAAGAAGAGUGAGGGAAUUUCUGUAAUGGAAAGGAUUGGAAUAGGGCUUAUUGUUUCUGUGCAAGCCAUGACAGUUGCAGCAUUGGUAGAAGUUAAACGAAAACGAAGCAGCAAGAUUUCUGCCUUUUGGCUUGCUCCACAGUAUACUUUGAUAGGCUUGGCAGAGGCAUUUUACGCCAUUGGAUUGAUUGAAUUCUUUUAUGACCAGUUCCCCAAGAACUUGACAAGUACAGCUGGGGCUUUGAUCUUGUGCGGCAUGGGGAUUGGGUUGUUGCUCAACAGUGUUGUUUUCACUCUUGUGCACAAGUUCACUGGGAAGAAUGGUAAAAAGGCUUGGCUGCCUCAGGACCUUGAUCAAGGUCAUCUUGAAUAUUAUUUCUGCUUUUCUGCAGGACUUGGUGUUUUGAAUUUCCUGUACUUUCUUGUAUGCGCCAAGGGUGUAAAAAAUAGAGAUUCUUGGGAAGAAAAUAAGGGAGGCAAGAUGGUACCUUCAGCUUAA